UGGUUUCUUGUAUUCUGGUGUAAUGUCAUGUAAAAAAUAACUUUACACGCAAAAAAAUAAAAAACGCGUUGUCGUUGUUUGUUUUGAAACAGAAGUCAAUUUUUAACUGUUUUAAAAGCGGCAGUUCACUCGAGGACAGAUUGGGUAGACAGGAAACACCACCUUCCGGUUUAUGUCACCAUCACCCAGGCAGGUUGAGAGAGACAGUUUCUUGUACAGUAUCUGUGUAAACACUGCUGCUCACAAGCAGCCACCCUGGUGUAUUCCUGCUGCGUUGACCGAUGGCUGUAUCUGAAAGAAUUCGCGACCCCCUGGCAAAGUCAUUGGCCGAGAGUGUGCAGGACCGUCUGGCCCUCGGAUGAAGGCCGCCGACGAGGAGCGGCAUUGUGAACGAUGGAGGAGAUGAUGUGAAAAAGAAAUGGAGGAAAAGUGUGGUGCCGAUGAAACGGAUGAGGUCUCUCGAGAGUCACUUCCCUCUAUUCAGGCUUUGCUUCGUCAGCUGCAUCCCAGCAUCUCUGCCCAGAGUGGAAGCAUUGUGGUCGCUCCCUCCAUCGUCGGCUCGAGCGUUGGCGACAUAAACAUCAGUAUCACCCAAGGGUGUAACCAUCCAUCAAAGGAAGCCCUGAACCAUGACCCCGCCGCAGACAGCUGUGGAUCUCUGCAGCCCCAAAACAACCGGCUCGCAGACUGUCGACGGAAACUGAAAGCCACGCUGAGGAGGAAGUUCAGCCACCUGCUCGAGGGGAUGACAACACAGGCGAGCAAAAUACCCCUGAAUAAAAUCUACACAGAGCUCUACAUCACCGAGGGCGGAGGGGCGGAAGUCAAUAAGGAGCACGAGGUGAGGCGGAUUGAGACGACCACCAGGACGCACUUGGCCCAGGAGAAAUCAAUCCACUGCAAUGAACUCUUUGACCCUCUGCCAGGGCGACACCAGCGCGCGAGAACGGUGAUCACGAGGGGAGUCGCUGGCAUCGGAAAGACAGUGUCCGUCCACAAGUUCUCUCUAGACUGGGCGGAGGAGAGAGCGAACGCCAACCUGGAAUUCGUGUUCCCGCUCUCCUUCCGAGAGCUGAAUCUGAUGAGGAAGAAAACCUUCAGCCUGGUGGAGCUCCUCGCCGUCUUUUUCCCCGACACGAAAGACACGGGAAUCUUCAGCUGCGACAGAAACACAAUGCUCUUCAUCCUGGACGGACUGGACGAGAGCCGCCUGUCGUUGGACUUCCACAAAGGUGAAAUCCUGUCCGACGUGACGCAGCCGACCACGGUCACCGUGCUCCUGACCAACCUCAUCAGGGGGAGACUGCUCCCCUUGAGUCUGGUUUGGAUAACGUCCCGCCCGGUCGCUUCCAGCCAGAUCCCCGUGGAGUUCGUCGACCUGGUGACCGAGGUCCGAGGGUUCGACAACCAGCAAAAGGACGAGUACUUCAGGAGGAAAAUUGCCGACGAGGACUUGGCAAACAGGGUGAUCGCGCACGUGAAGUCCUGCAGGAGUCUUCACAUCAUGUGCCACAUACCCGUCUUCUGCUGGAUGGCGGCGAGCGUUCUCGAGAAGCAGCUGGCGGCGACAGGCGGCAACCACACGCCAAAGACCCUCACCAACAUGUACAUACACUUCUUGGCUUUGUACGUGGACGACAUGAAGAAGAGGCUGCCCGGGAGAAGGGAGUCGAGCACCGCCUGCGUCAGAGCUAACCUCAUCUCACUGGGUCAGCUGGCCUUCCGGGAGCUGGAGAAGGGCCAUCUGAUCUUCUACGAGAGCGACCUGGUCCUGAGCGGCAUAAAUGUCACGCAGGCGUCCGUGUUCUCCGGGGUCUACACGCAGAUCUUCAGCGAGGAGCUGUCGCUGUGCGAGGAGAAGAUGUUCUGCUUCGUGCACCUGAGCGUGCAGGAGUUCUUCGCCGCGCUCUUCGUCUUCCUGGUGUUCCACAACGACAACGUCAACGUCCUGGUCAAGAAGGUGUCCGCCUCCAGACUCUUCCUGUUCAGGGACGCCUCGGAGCUUUGCCUCUACAAGGAAGCGGUGGAGAAGGCGGUGCGCUGCGAAAGCGGCCACUUCGACAUCUUCCUGCGCUUCCUGCUGGGCCUGUCGCUGGAGUCCAGUCAGACUCUGCUGAAGCACCUGAUGACCAGCAACAGGACGAACCGGAAGACCAGGGCAGAGAUCCUCAAGCACAUCAAGGAGAGGAUCCGGUCGAGUCCGUCCCCAGACCGCUGCCUCAACCUCUUCCACUGCCUCGGCGAGCUCAACGACCACUCCCUCACGGAGGAGAUUCAGUGCUACCUCACCUCGGGCGCGCUCAACCGGGCCAAACUGUCAGCCGCUCAGUGGGCCACGCUGGUCUUCGUACUACUGACUUCGGAGGAAGAACUGGCCGUGUUCGAGCUGGGCCACUACUCCAGGUCCGAGGAGGGACUCGUGAGGCUGCUGCCCGUUGUGAAAACGGCCCAAGUGGCAAACCUCAAAGCGUGUAAUCUCACUGCGACCUGCUGCGAGAUCCUGGCAAACUGCGUCAGCUCAUCCCCAAUCCGGGAGCUGGACGUGAGCAACAACAAGCUGACGGACUCGGGAGUGACACUGCUCUCUGCUGGACUGAAGGGAAGCAAAGUGGAGACACUAAGACUGAGGAGCUGCAGCUUGACAGAGCACUGCUCCGGUGCCCUGGCCUCCAUCAUCAGCUCAGCAUCCUGUCAGCUCAAAGUCAUGGAGCUGACCGACAACGACGUCCAGGACGUGGGAGUCGAGGGGCUGUCCGUUGGACUGGAGAGUCCUCAUUGCAAACUGGAAAUGCUCAUUUUAUCACUGUGCAGAGUGACAGAGGCAGGCUGCACUUUCCUGGCCUCCGCCUUGAACCGCUCCCGCCUGAGGGAGCUCGACCUGAGCUACAACCACCCAGGAGACCUGGGCCUGCAGCUGCUGUCCGCCCUGCGAGACGACCCGCAGUGCAGCCUGCAGAAGCUCAGUGUGGAAGAAUGUGGUGAAUCCAGGAUUCUUCCAGGUCCCAAGAAAUAUACCGUCAAACUCAGCCUGGACCCGGACACGGCGCACGCAGACCUCUCUCUGUCCGAGGGGAACACCAAAGCGACGCGUUGGACCAAGCAGCCGUAUCCAGAUCACCCGGAGAGGUUUGACUUCUGGAGACAGGUGCUGUGCAGGCAGGGGCUGACCGGUCAGUGCUACUGGGAGGCCGAGCGGUGCGGCAGAGCUUCGAUCGGAGUCGCCUACAGACGGAUGUGCAGGAAGGGGGAGGGCAAAGACAGCUGGUUAGGACGAAACGACUCUUCCUGGGCCCUGAGCUGCACCGACGACGGCUACAGGGCCGUGCACGACGGCACCAACACCGCUCUCACCAUCCCGCCCAGCUCCAAUAGGGUGGGGGUCCUCCUGGACUGGUCGGCGGGGACACUGUCCUUCUACCAGGUGUCCUGUGGCUCGCCGGGCCUCCUCCACACCUUCCUCACCUCCUUCACUGAACCAGUCUACCCAGGCUUUCAGCUCGCAUGGGUCAACUCCACAAUUACCCUUUGCUAAAUUACCAGGACAUAAGGAAAACAGCGUCAUAUUCCCCCUGCUCGGGUGUCCUUAACUUAAAGGGUCGAUUCAUCCGAGUAAUUGUGAGGAGGCAGAAGACGAGGGCAGAGGUCGUUUGUGACUCAUUUUGUAAAUGUCGUACAGCAACGUGAAGAUAAAGUAUUUUUGAUGAAAUAUGUAAUAUGGAUACAUUCAUGAUUUGUAAUAAAGGCUUUCGUCAGGGAAGACAGCAGAGAAAAGA